AUGUCCGCUACCACUACUGAUCUUGCGCCCGGGGACCGAUAUCGCUCCGACGGUUUGAGCGGCGCUGUAUCCACGAACAACCUGGCAGAGUCAUGGCCAUCAGUUAAAAACACUAUUCCAAUGGCGACUACAUCUGGGACAGGCUCGGUUCCAGCACAGAGCGUCAUGCAGCAGACGGAGGAUGUCUCGAUCGCUCAAAGGAUGGUUUCGGCCACCAUCGGCAGUUUUCUCACGAAUAUUCUAGUUACACCUCUUGACGUCGUUCGGGUUCGUCUACAGUCUCAGUCGCUGGUCAAAAACACAUCGCCCUUCAACUCACACACUACGCAAACCUUCAAGAACGCUCCCCCCAAUCUUGGAGUAACAGCUUGUUGUCGGGAAGUCUUUUGGAUUGGACAGAAUACUCAGAUAUGUAUGCUCGGACCUGAGGCCGGGGCUCUCGGGGCUACAACUGUCGCGGAUUGCGCCGUGGAAGAAACGCAGCGCAAGACAUUCACAUCGACCUUGGACGGAUUGCGGAAGAUCGCGCGAAAUGAGGGUGUGCUGACCCUCUGGCGCGGACUCAGUCCUACUUUGAUGAUGAGCAUUCCAGGGAACAUCAUCUACUUCGCUGGAUACGACUGGCUGCGGACCGAUGACAGGAGCCUGAUCAAGCGGUGGUUUCCCGACGCCUACGCUCCGUUCGUUGCAGGCUCCGUUGCCAGAACCACCGCAGCAUCUCUUAUUAGUCCCAUCGAGAUGUUCCGAACGCGUCUACAAGCCACGCCUGGCACUGGGGCAGGCCAUUUCAAGGCUACCCUAGAGGGUCUUUACCACAUGGCUCAAACGCAAGGUUACAGCUCGCUGUGGAGAGGACUGACGCUUACCAUGUGGCGCGAUGUGCCCUUCUCUGGUCUCUAUUGGUGGGGGUAUGAAGAGGUCAAGAACUAUCUCAUUGAAACGCGCAAGAGCUCUUACUUGCACGGUCUGCCACACGGGUCCUCUGCCAGUCAGCGCCAUCUCCACGACCUUGAUACGCCGACUUUCUUUGACAGCUUCUUCGCGGGCGCUAGCUCUGGAUCCUUGGCGGCAUUUGUCACCACACCGUUUGACGUGGGCAAAACUCGCCAACAAGUUUUCCGACACAUGAGUGAUGUGCCCGGUUCCGCGGGCAACGUUUCCGGCGGAGUCCUCCAUCCCGAGCAGCUCCCCCUACCGAAGUUCCUGCUACACAUUUUCCGUGAGGAGGGUAUGGCAGGACUUUUCCGCGGAUGUGUUGCACGCUGCCUGAAGGUCGCACCAGCUUGCGCCAUUAUGAUCUCAACGUACGAGUUCGGCAAGAAGAUGGCACGGGGCGUCAACGAGAGGAGUCGCUCUGCAGAUGAGUGA